AUGAGUUCUGUAAAAUGUCAUCGAUUCGAAGGCAAAGUCGCCAUCGUCACAGCCGCCACUAAAGGGUAUGUAGGUCAAAUUUUCGCGCCCAAAAUUAUUAAAAUUUUCUAGAAUUGGUUAUGCGAUUGCUGAACGAUUGGGUUUGGAAGGUGCGAGUAUUGUGAUCGGAAGCCGAAAUCAGAAAAAUGUGGAUGAGGCGGUGGCACAGCUCAAAGCCAGGGGUGUUAAGAAUGUGGCGGGAGUUGCUGGACAUAUUGCAAGUGUUGAGGUUCAGCAGAAGAUUGUGGAUUUUGUGAGUUAUGACUUGGCAGUUAGAAAAAUCUAAAAGUUAUUCUGAAAUUCUGAAAAUUGCUUUUAAAAAUUAACAAAGUUUUGAAAAAUAUUGACGGAGUAUUUUAAAAUUGUUCAAAAGUCUCAGAUUUCCAGACCCUUCAAACCUUUGGCAAAAUCAACAUCCUAAUCAACAAUCACGGCAUCAACCCAGCCUUUGGUCACAUUCUCGAAGUCAGCGAUCAAGUCUGGGACAAACUCUUCGAGGUCAACGUGAAAGCCGGCUUCCAGAUGGCAAAACUCGUCCACCCUCAUAUCGUCAAACAAGGCGGCGGUUCAAUAAUCUUCAACGCCUCCUACAGUGCCUAUCACAGUCCACCAGGAAUCGCUGCAUACGGUGUCACCAAAACCGCUGUAGUCGGGCUAACUCGCGCCCUGGCCAUGGGCCUCGCCAAGGACAACAUCCGUGUUAACGGAAUUGCCCCAGGAGUCAUCAAAACUAAAAUGAGUCAAGUGCUUUGGGAAGGUGGCGAGGAGGCGGAGAAGGAGUUGACCGAAGUUCAAGAGAUUGCGUUGGGAAGACUUGGAAUUCCGGAAGAUUGUGCUGGAGUUGUGGCAUUUUUAGCGUCUGAUGAUGCGAAUUACGUGACUGGUGAAACGAUUGUUGUUGCCGGAGGUGUUCAGGCAAGAAUUUAA